AUGUCCCACGAGAAGAGCUUCCUGGUGACGGGCGACGGCUUCCCGGGGCAGCAGCCGACGGCCCCCCCGGCCUACGCGCAGCCCCCCUACCCCGCCGCCCCCUACCCCCAGCCCCAGUUCGCCCCGGCGCCCUACAACCAGCCGGGCUUCCCACAGGGGCCGGGGCCGUACCCCCCCCCGGGGCCGUACCCCCCCGCCGGGCCGUACCCCCCCCCGGGGCCGUACCCCCCCGGGCCCUACCCGCCGGCGGGGCCGUACCCCCAGGGCCCCUACGCCCAGCCGCCCUACGCCCAGCCGCAGCCCAUGGUCCCCGGGGACCAAGACUCCCCCCUGCACAGCACCUACCACGAGGACGGGCCACCCUCCUACUAUGACAACCAGGACUUCCCCACCGCGCACUGGGACGACAAGAGCAUCCGGCAGGCCUUCAUCCGCAAGGUCUUCCUGGUGCUCACCCUGCAGCUGACCAUCACCUUCGCCUUCGUGGCCAUCUUCACCUUCGUGAAAGGCGUGAAGGGCUUCGUGCAGCGCAAUGUCUGGACGUACUACGUCUCCUACGCCGUCUUCUUCAUCUCCCUCAUCGUCCUCAGCUGCUGCGGGGAUUUCCGCCGCAAGCACCCCUGGAACCUGGUGGCCCUGUCCAUCCUGACCAUCAGCCUGUCCUACAUGGUGGGGAUGAUCGCCAGCUUCUACAACACCGAUGCCGUCAUCAUGGCUGUGGGCAUCACCGUCGUCGUCUGCUUCACCGUCGUCAUCUUCUCCCUGCAGACCAAGUACGACUUCACCUCCUGCCGGGGCGUGCUCAUCAUCUGCCUCGUCGUCCUCAUCGUCUUCUCCAUCCUCUGCAUCUUCAUCCGGAACCGCAUCAUGGACAUCAUCUACGCGUCCCUGGGGGCCCUGCUCUUCACCUGCUUCCUGGCGGUGGACACGCAGAUGAUCCUGGGGAACAAGCAGCUGGCGCUCAGCCCCGAGGAGUACGUCUUCGCCGCCCUCAACCUCUACACAGACAUCAUCAACAUCUUCCUCUACAUCCUGGCCAUCAUCGGCCGGGCCAAGGAGUAGCGGCCCCCCCGCCGCGGCCCCCCCACCGCCCCACGGCGCACGUCUCGGUUCGUGUCCCCCCCCACCGCCCCUCUAGCCGGUUUUGUUUGGUGUUCUCAUUGCACCCCCU